UUUUCCUGUUGUGAAUUAACUCAGUGUGCGCGUCCGCGUCGACCUAAGACGACGUUUCGCGCCUACUGUUUUAUUUUUUAUUCUGUGACAGCUGUCAAAGAAAAAUGAGAUUGGUAUUGUUCUUCGUGGGACUAGUGUCGUCCCUCUGCGUGGCUGCAGGCCAGUCUAGCGACGAUCUUGCGGCGGCUUUGGUGCAGAACGCAGGUGGAGAUGCCGGCGAUGGCGACUUAAAUCUCGAUCCAGUUGUGGUUGAAACAAAAAUUGAGAGCUGCACAACCAUGGAUGGACUAUCGGGCAUCUGUGUUAAGUACUACCAAUGCGAUCAGGAAUCAAAGACUGUUAUUGAAGAUGGAUAUACUAUAAUAGACGUCAGAAGUGGAUCUUGUGCGAAGUUCUUGGAAGUUUGUUGUGGACGUAACAAAGUUAAUAAUAAAACUAGAAAAGAAAGCACUACUCCAGCUCCCGCUGUCUUGUCAGAUGAUAACACAGAAAGCACCCCAAGGCUAGACUCUCUGGAUACGGAAACAAGUGUAAUAGGAAGAUGUGGUGUUAGUAAUCCCGGAGCCGCUAUAUUCACAGACGUUAGAAUCGAUGAUAAUACACCUGUUCCGAUUGAUGAUAGGAAAAAUGCUGAUUUUGGCGAAUAUCCAUGGAUGGUUGCCAUACUUAGACGCUAUGUAGACGAAGAAACAUGGGACAAAAAUAACUAUAAAGGUGGUGGCACGCUCAUACAUCCAUCAGUUGUGAUGACAGUGGCUCAUAAAAUAUCCGGAAUGAACCCAGAAGAUUUAAAAGUCCGUGUUGGUGAUUACGACACGAGCUCAUUAAACGAACAAAACGACCACCAAGAAAUAAAUGUUAGGAAAAUCGUCAUUCAUCCGAAUUAUUUCAGAACAUCAUCAUACAACAACAUCGCCUUGUUGUUCUUGGAGAGACCUGUCGUCAUAAAUAGUGAUUAUCCACAAAUUGGUGUAGCGUGUUUGCGCAAUUCUCUCCCACCUGCCAAUACAACUUGCUUCAGUAUGGGCUGGGGUGCUGCGAACUUCAACAACAAGAACAUAUAUGCAUCUACACUAAAGAAGGUGAAGUUACAAUUAUUGGAUAAUACAGUUUGCCAUUCGUUGCUACGGAAGACUCGGCUCGGGCCAUUCUUCCGGCUGCACCCCUCCCUUGUAUGCGCAGGGGGGGAGCAGGGUAUCGACACAUGCAAGGGCGACGGUGGCUCCCCACUUGUCUGUCGUGAUAAGCCCGGUAGCUCCCGUUACAUAGUGUACGGUAUGGUCGCUUGGGGCCUGGCUUGCGGUGAUAAGGACAUCCCCGGCGUCUACGUGAAUGUGCCUGCACUAUACGAUUGGAUUAACACGCAAGUCUCUGCAGAAGGUUACGAUACGAAAGUCUAUACGAUCACAUAGACUGUUACAACCCAUCCGAAAUAGUAAACCGAUCCGAUCCGAUAGAUUCUAGUAUAAAAUACUUAAAUAACAUCAGCCCAGUGAUAAUCGCUGUUCUUUCUUUUCUUGUAUAUACGAACAGUUUUAUCUGACAAUCGGAUCGUUCAUAUAAAUCUGAUAUAAGCAGAUGUUUAAAUAAUAUAUAGACGAGGCAGUGAGCUAAAUUUUUUCGCUGGUACUUUCCCUGAAGGGUAGUUUGUUGACAAGUUUAGUGCCACCUUGUUAUAAUAAACACCAUAUUUUGUUAUAAAAUUUUAUCAGUGGUAGAGCACGCUAUAAUAUCUUCGCACGAAUGCGCCAGCUCGCCCUCAGCAAUACCACGAUCACACAGAACACAGGCGUCAAGUGGGAGCAAUUCCGCGUUUCGUCUGAUAAGUGUGGUGCCGGAGGCCUAAUAGUCCCUUUCCCUUUCCACCCUUUUCUCCAGCGUAAAGGAUGGGAAGGAAAAGUGGAUCUGACGGUGGAGGAGACGCAUAGGAAGGGGAAAUGUCCUCUUUAUGUGCGUCUCCUCCUCCGUCAAUCAAAAGGUAGGCAACGCAUCUACAAUUGCGGAUGUUUAUAGGCAGAGGUCGCUUUCCAUUUCGGUGAAUUCAGAUGGCCGCUUGCUCUUUUGCCACCUUAUGUUAUAAAAAAAAGUGCUAAAUUAUACUCCUAAUGUAAGGAAAUUCUUUCUCUGACUGGGCAUCAAAUGCAAUACGUUAAAUAAAAACUCGUUUGUUUCAUA